CUCUGGUAAUAGCCUAAUAGGGUUUCCCUGCCAUUUUCUUCGAGAGAAAUGGCAAACCGUACUGAUCCCGCGGCGAAGAGCAUACAUGGGACAAACCCGCAGAACCUGGUGGAGAAGAUUGUGAGGUCGAAGAUAUACCAGAACACGUACUGGAAGGACCAGUGCUUUGGUCUUACGGCGGAAACCUUGGUCGACAGGGCCAUGGAGAUCGACCACCUUGGUGGCACGUUUGGCGGCAACCGAAAACCCACCCCCUUCGUCUGCCUUCUCAUGAAGAUGCUCCAGAUCCAGCCCGAGAAGGACAUCGUAGUUGAGUUCAUCAAGAACGACGAAUACAAAUUGUGGUGCUGCUCCCUGGUUUUCUGCUGUCGCUGGUGGUUCCAACUUCCAAGAUAUGUGCGGAUACUUGGAGCUUUUUAUCUCCGACUUACGGGGACUGAUGUGGAUAUCUAUCGGUAUCUAGAGCCUUUGUACAAUGACUAUCGUAAACUGAGGCGAAAGUUAGCUGAUGGACAAUUUACAUUGACACAUGUAGAUGAAGUCAUUGAUGAGCUCCUCACAAAAGAUUAUUCAUGUGAUAUUGCUCUACCUCGUAUUAAGAAAAGGUGGACUCUUGAGCAAAUUGGUUCGCUAGACCCUAGGAAAAGUGUUUUGGAAGAUGAUUUUGAAGAGGAGGAAGAGAAAGAGGAGAAUGACCAAUUAGAGGAAGGGCUGGAAGAUGUUGAAAAGGAUUAUUACCAUGGACGGAGUCCGACGAGGGAAAGAGAUAGGGACAGAAGACGUGAUAUUCACAGACCCAGGGAUCGAGACUAUGACAGAGACUAUGAUAGAGAACGAGGACGUGGACGCGAAAGAGAUAGGGAUAGGGAUAGGGACAGAGACAGAGAAAGGGAUCGGGAUAGGGAUAGGGAUAGAGACAGAGACCGCUAUCGCUUGAGAGAAGAAAAAGAAUAUGGUCGUGAUAGAGAGCGAGAAAGAGAGAGGGAAGGUAGAGAGCGUGAUAGGCGAGACAGAGGCCGUGGUCGGCGGAGGAGUCGUUCAAGGAGCAGAAGCAGGAGUAGGGAUCGUAAGGACCGAUUAGAACCAAAGAAAAAGAAGGAGAAGAAGGACGAUGGCACUGAUCAUCCAGAUCCUGAGAUUGCAGAAGCUAACAGACUCCGUGCAUCCCUUGGAUUGAAACCAUUGAAAUUCUAGAAGGAAUGAAAAAAUAUGAGAAGAAAAAAGCAGAAGAGUAUGAAGGACCUAAUUGGAGAGAAGCAGACCUAGACUUUGCUAUUCAUCCUCACCAUGAGAAAGUAUCAGUUCCUUAUCAGCACUAUCUGUUCUUACUCCAUUUUCUUCGACCAUCUCUGCUUCUCCUCCUCCACCAACUCCUACAAGCCUCUUACUUGGCAUCUUUCUCAGUGACGAUCUAGCCAUCCUCGUCUUAUCUCUUGUCGUCUGUACUCUCGAUGGAACUCUAGGCAAUCGACCGGAGCUUCCACUGCUGGAACUACUACUGCAGCAGAUGCUAGCAGCUUCAACUUUACUGCCAGACCUCCAAGUAAUCUUUCAAUGAAUGCCUCUUGAACAUAGAAGGUAGCUUCUGAUCUUGAUGACCCAUCUCAUCUUUUGAUGGUUUCUUGGAACCAAAGACACUGGAGAAGAGAGAACGCAAACCCUUCUUCUUCUUCUUGGUGGUUUUGCUCUGAUUAUGGCUAGUCUCAUUACUGUCACUGCAGUCUCCACCAUUAUUGUUCUUCCUCAUCUGCACUGUCUUCAUCAACAGCUUUGGAAUCUUGACUCUAAUCUUGGGCUGGGGAAUGGUGAUGCUGACGAAAUAUGCUUGUGGAUUCUGAUUCACAAGAGUUCUGCAAGUGUUUUUGUUAAUGAUAACUUCUGUCAUUUUCCUUCUCAUAUUCUUCAAUGUUCCAGACCUUGAAAGAAAAAUUGAAAUGUGGGAGCUAAAAGAGAGGAAGAUUACCGUUUGUGCAUAGAGACGUGGGUUGAUGGGUUCCUACUUUGUUGGGAUUCUCCUAAACUUCUUCUGUUUUCACUGAAUCCCCUUCAUGCCCCUGGAGUUCAUUGACAUGAAGCUGGUUUUGGAGGGUAUAGUUGGAACUGGAAAAAAAAAUGUGAUUAACAACCGUUGGAAAUUAUUUUUUCAAUGAAAUCUUUGAUGAUAUAAUGUAUAUCUGUAUACCUCUCCACUCUAAUUAUCUCUUCUACCUCAUGUGUUUAUUGGAA